AUUAACAAAAUAUAUUAUUUCAACAAAAUAAAUUAUUACUGUAGCAUUUUUUUGUUUUUCUCAUCAAGAAUAACUAGGACAUGAAAAUAUCUUCUACUUUAUCAUCAUAUCAAUAGUGUGUAUUAAUGCGCUUUUUAUUACGAAUAAGAACAUAACAAAGGAACGUAUAUCGCGACUUCCGGUUGGAAUCCGCACAAAUUCAUCAAUGGCACCAACGUGACCAACGUAACUUUCAGCUGCCCCCUCCCACUCUUUUCUGAAACGUCAAUCGCUUACAAAUUGCAACAAUAAUAAACACAAUGAAUUCCAAUAGAAACGGAGAAGACGUGAAUUAAAUUGAACCAAAAUGGAAUUGUUUAGAUCAGAAUCGUAUUAUAUAUUUGUUAGGAACGAGUCAAGUUUGUGGUGGAAUCGAUUUACUGCGAAAUUUUCAGUCAGAUCAGCAUGGGAUCUGUCGGAUAUUGAAGAUAUAGAGUGCUUAGGCAUAACAGAAGGCAUAAUCGGUUUGGUAGAGCAUACCAACGUCUACGAACCCCGGUUAAUAAUUAUCAGAGAGGCAGUACCUGUUGGUCAAAUAUAUUUCCAUCACACAAUAUACAAAAUUAAGUCUAUUGCUUUUCUUAAUUCUGGGGCCGUAAACCACGAUGUUCAGUUGUCUCCUUGUACGAAGCAUGGUUCGUCUGGUGGAUCGAAGAGUGCAAGUAAGAAAAUGGGAGCCAGGCUGUUUGAAAACUCAGCUUUUCUAAAUAAAACUGUGGGGGCGGUGAAGAGUGUUAGUAAUACUAUAAAGACAACAACGCAACAGGCGGCUACACAAGUGAAACACACAGUAAAGAAGCAAUGUGACCCCAAAGUCUCUGAACGUUUCGAAAAACGCCUUACUGACGAACUGUACAAAAUAUUUGACGACACAGACAGUUUCUACUACUCCCGGACCUUGGACUUGACGAACUCCCUUCAACGACAGUAUGAGAUUGAGAAAGUUCUGGAGACGGAGGAGGGGGUGACCAAGGCUGUAUCGGAUAUUACGAGAUGGUGGAAAUAUGUGGAUGAUCGGUUCUUCUGGAAUAAACAUAUGCUGAAAGAUGUCAUCGCUUUAGAGAGCCCUCACUGCGACGAAUGGGUCCUGCCCAUCAUCCAAGGAUUCGUCCACUUAUCCCAAAUAGCGGUCGAACCAGCGGACGCGAACCCCCUCAAUACGGAGUCUCUAUCGAGCGGGGGGUCUUGCGAUGAAACAUUUACGCUGGGCGUUAUAUCUCGUCGCUCAAGAUUCCAAGCUGGGACUAGGUACAACCGACGCGGAAUCGAGCCAGAAGGCCAUGUCGCCAACUACGUGGAAACUGAGCAGAUCGUGUCCAUCAUGUGCUCUGACAGCAUCCACAGAGCAUCAUUUGUGCAGGUUCGAGGUUCGGUCCCGAUAUUCUGGAGUCAGCCUGAGUAUAAAUUCAGACCACCACCUCGUCUAGAUAAGGGGGAAGAAGAAACACAAGAAGCCUUUAAAAAGCACUUCGAGGAAGAACUAAAACUGUACAAGCAAGUCUGUAUAGUCAAUCUAGUCGAACAACAAGGCCGGGAACGGGUUAUAUUCGAGGCCUACGGAGAACAUGUUUUGAAGUACAACAGUCCGGACCUUAUAUACGCCACGUUUGACUUCCACGAGUCUUGCCGUGGUAUGCACUACGAGAAUGUCAGCAUUCUCAUCAACGCUCUCGUUGAAGUGAUCAACGAGAUGCGAUUCUGCUGGCGCGACGACCGCGGCCUCAUCUGCUCGCAAACCGGCGUUUUUCGGGUCAACUGUAUCGAUUGUCUGGACCGCACCAACGUAGUACAGACGGCCAUAGCCAAGUAUGUGCUGGAGCUCCAACUGUGCCGCCUCGGUCUGGGAGCGCCGGGCAGCGGCCUGCCGCCCGCCCUGCGCAACGCCUUCCUCACACAGUGGGCUGAUAAUGGAGACAUACUGUCUAGGCAGUAUGCGGGAACUAAGGCGCUCAAGGGAGAUUACACGCGAACAGGCGAAAGAAAAUUUACGGGUAUGAUGAAAGAUGGAAUGAAUUCAGCCAGCAGAUACUACCUAUCAACGUUCAAGGACGCGCUCCGACAGACAGCGAUAGACGUGAUGACGGGCGAGUCGCGGCACAUCCCCGAGCAGCUGACCGGCAUCGAGUGCACGGCAGUCAAGGUGGCCGUGUUUCCCGUGUGUGCAUGCCCUGCCUAUGAGCAAAACGUGGACACGGCGGCUAUGGCGCAACAUGUGAAAUCGCUUAUCGACGACUGCAAGAAGCUCAUCGUGGACACAGAACCCGUGUUGGGUGCUUGGGGGCUCAUCGACGCCGAUCCCAAUACCGGCGACCCGUCGGAAACGGAAAUGGACAGCGUACUCCUCCUCACUAGCGACGCAUACCACGUGGCAGAUUACGACGAGACCUCAGACCGAGUGCUUUCUGUACAGAAAGUACCGCUGCGAGAUAUAACUUUAGUCGAGCUCGGCACUGUGGAGACUAAUGCCACGAUAUUCGGCGUCGGACGCAAAAACACAUCUGAACCCAUAUCCUGCAUAAGAAUCAACUACACAUACAACAACGAACCAGGAUACUUCCAUAUGUUCCGAUCUACUACUUUGAGGUUCUUCAAUAACAUGGCGGUUGUCAUCAAUACUAAGGACGAGAUGAUUGAAUCGUUGCACUACAUCUGCGAGUCGCUGGUGGUGGCCCGGGACGUGGCUAAGUUGCCACCCGUUCCUUUCCAUAGCGGGGUCAAGUUGGAGAGGCGGAAAUCUAAGAUACAUCCAACGCAAGCAGCGUCGAGUGGCGCUAGAUCCUCGCUCUACUUGGAUUUAUCUCGUCUUCCCACUAUCACUAGGAAUGUGAGCGAGACGCAGCUAGUCGCUGACAUACGCAGCGUCGGAUCCAAGGCCCUGACCAACAUGUCAGAGCAGUUCAGCAAGCUAAACAAGCUGUCUCACUCCCUCAACGCCCGCGCGCGACCCAGCCUACAGCUCAAAUUCGACCAGAGCUCGUCCAAGACCAAGAAAAUCUUCACCUUGGGCGGCAAAACUGAAACCAGGAAGAAAGGAAGUCUUUCUGACGGGAUGUCCAGCGAUUACUCGUCCGAUGAUGAAAAUAGAACCAAUAUCUUCGAACCGACGCUAGACAAUUUCGAAAAUACCCAGCACUAUAUAGGCUCACAGCAAAAGGAAAAGGAUGAUUGCGAACUUAUUCAAAAUCCUUUAUACUCCUCGAAAAUCGAGCCUAAUGAACAAUUUGAUCCAAGCGUGGUAAUUACUACGCCGGUUGAAAAACAAACUAUCAAAACUCCAAGCAAUAUAAAUAAGAUAAACCCAUUCGAUUUGGAAGCUGACACUUGUUCAAAUCAUUCAAAAACUCCAGAAAUCCAAGUGGAAAGCGAGUGUGAAUAUUCGAAACCUGUACCCCCAAAUUCCUUAGUGCUUUCUCAGAAAUUAUCGCACAGUUCCAGCGAUAUUACCAUAGAUAAUACAUCUCUUCAGACAGAAGGGGUAAAUUACCAUAGAUCGAAUUCUCAGCAUGAGAUAACUUUAAACAUAGCUCAGAGUCACAGUGAGUCCGCGUUGAGACAGUUCAAGAAUAUAGCAAGUCCCGUGUCCAGUACUAAGGAUAUGGUGUUGUCGCCACUUUCGAAAUUGGCUAAGGGCGUGCAGACUUUAGGGGCGAAUUUGGAUCCGAGGAAAAUUAAGGGCCCAGGCACGGCGGUGAAACAUAUAACCGACCAGCAGUACGAAGAACACAGAAAACUGCAAGAAAAAUGGCGAGAUUGCAACACUCGUCUUGUCGCGCUGUGAGUGACUUAACGUUUAUGUUACCACAACGUCGUUAUGCUGUGGGUGACCUUAACAUUUGUUACCACAACGUCGUUAUGCUGUGGGUGACCUUAACGUUUGUUACCACAACGUUGUUAUGCCGUGGGUGACCUUAACGUUUAUGUUACCACAACGUCGUUAUGCUGUGGGUGACCUUAACAUUUGUUACCACAACGUCGUUAUUCUGUAGGCGACUUUAACGUUUGUUUCCAUAACGUCGUUAUGCUGUGGGUGACCUUAACGUUUGUUACCACAACGUCGUUAUGCUGUGGGUGACCUUAACGUUUGUUACCACAACGUCGUUAUGCCGUGGGUGACCUUAACGUUUAUGUUACCACGUCAUUAUGCUGUGAGUGACCUUAACGUUUGUACCACGUCACGCUGUGAGUUACCCAAGGUUGCCAAGGUUAUACCACACCGUCGAUUACUAGUUUAGUACUCAAUUACUAUAUGGAGCAAAUAAGGCAUCGCGGUCAGCACACAUAAGCACCCUUGGACUAAUUUAAUAUGCAAGCUUGUCCAUGUAAUUUAAAACAUAUGAUGACACAUGAUUAAAACUUUUAGAACGCCAUUUGACUUUCAUCUUUAUUCUUUCACCAAUAUGGCGCUUGAAACGAUGCCGCCAUACCUUUGGCCUGUGAUCUAUCAAAUUGUGCUCUAAAAGUUUUAAUCAUGUGUUGAAAAAUGGCAGUAAAUUGACUGUGGCUACAAAGUUUUCUUUGACAAUCCACCUACAUUCAAAUUAUCUUUGGUAAUACUGCCCUAGACGUAUUAGCAUAUAGGUAUGCUAUACAAAACACCCAAAAGAUGCUUCUUUGCGUGGUGACCUCGCGCUCUUGGUGAACACUAUAAACCGGUGUAAUCUGUGGUUCAAGCACACAACCCUCACGUUACUAAGAUAACAGGUACAGCACUUGUUAAGAAAACGGGGUGACCAGUGUGUUUGGGUGAUACUACACAUUUAGGUUUUGUUUUGUCUUCUCUGUUCCCGUAAGUUGGUGAAAAGAAUACGACAAACGCUGACGCCGCAACUGAUAAAAACUCAUUCGGUACUAGUUUCGCCCGAUAAGUCUUUUUUUUUUCAAAAAAGGCUCACAUGCGGAAUCUUUGACUUUCAGGAACAGAAGUGACAAUAUUCGUAUUUCUGCAUGUGUAAGUAUGUAUUACACAUCCAAACAAUUACGGUGAAAUACUUAGUACUUUGCGACUAACUAAACGGGGCGUAGUAUUGCUUACGAAUAACAUACUUUAAUAAUUUAACAUUUUGAACGCUUUAUGUCAUAAACACAAACAUCACUCAAACGCCAAGGUCGCCAAGGUCCCGGACACAAGCAAGCUAAUGUAAACCUUGGUCGAAGUGAAGGUUACUUUGACAGCGUCCGCCAUAACACCUAUAGUUGUCCUUGGCGCUGUGGGCACCAAUAGUACGACGACUUUAGGUGUUCUUGGCGUUCUUAAGGUAAAAGCUUGAUUAAAAAAAAAUACAUGUUAAAAUUAUUUUAGAGAGUAGUAAAGUAUUUGUCUUCUAGAACUGCAGCAAUUUUAUGACAAAAGUGAGACUUUACCAUAGAUAAUUCUUACACAUAGAUUAUAGACGUUUGUUUAGGCUUAGAAUUAAAAAAAACAUUCCUUUGUAUAUGUCACAAUUUCCUUUAAAUUUUAAAUACGACCCGACGCCCUUUGCUUUUAUACCUCGUUUACAUUCAGCCGAAGUGAGCAGGGAAGUGGGCAGGACGAGUGUGUAAACACGAUACUUCUCAUGCCACUCGCGCUGCCCGGUGCUCCCCAAAAUGGCGGUUUUUUGUGCGGAAGUCAAAGGACCCGCAGCGCGAGCGGCAGUGCGUGUUCACAUUCUGCUCCGUCGCUCAUUAUUCGCCGAGCGCCUGGAGGAGAAAGACGUGUGUUGUUCGUUUUUUUAAGAUCGGAAAAAAAUAUUAAUUUAUUGAUAAUUAUAAAAAAAAAUUAGGUACUUACAAAGUUCUAUUACGAUGGAUAGAUACCAUCCACCAUCGUCUACGACGAACUUUCUUUUUUGUAUUCGAUAUCUUUUUAAAUAUCGAACAUAAAUGCGUAUCGCAAAAAGACACAGCGCGGCCGCUGUAAUUAUUUCGACGUCUGCCAUUGCCGAAAGUUGAAAGCAAAGUGAGUGUUACAGGGCACUAUGUAAACACACACACUAUUUAGGGAAUUAUUGCCGGCAGCGCGAGGGGCAGCGGCAGGGGCUGAAUGUAAAUGAGAUAUUAAGGGCUCCCGUCUUGAAGGAUGGCGAUCAAGUUAAAAGCCUAGCAGUAUUCAGCCGGUGAUUGAAACGCUCUAAAUCGAUUACUGAAUUUGUUAUUACCAUGUACUUCACUUACACAGUAUUAAUCUUACCGACUCGGGAUUACUCCACAGCGUACACUUGCUUUUUAAACAGCUUAAAAUGUAAUCUAAAACAAACUUGACAUAAUAAUAGUUACCUAGCGUGGUGGAAAUUAUAGAUGUAGUGCAUAAUUAUUUUACGUCGUAUUUUCACGGAAACGUACAAACGUGUCUUGCUAUUUCAGUCAGUCUCGGUACUCGGUAAAGUACUGACGUUGACUGAAGUAGCAUGACCAAUACGAACGUUUCUCAGAAAAUACGAUGGAAAGCAAUUACGUAUUCCAGUAUUAAAUAGUUAUUAUUAAAAUGACCAGUGUUUUGUAUAUCAUCAAGGCAGAAUUACUAUUGAAAUUAGUUUAAAUCUGUGUAUGUUUCAUAUAUCACUAAAUAGACGCCGCGUUGGGCACACGAGUCGCCAAUGAAACGUCACUCAGUGAGUUAUUUAGUUAAUAUAAUUUGACAGUAUUCUACUGAGAAGAAAUUAGCGUGUCCUAAAUAGCAGUAUUUAGUAUUGUAUUUAAAAAAGGCAAUGUUUUUUAUCCAUAUAAUGCUAAUAGAAAAUAAACAUUUGUUGAAUACUUAGUUGUAGUUACCGAUUAAGGGUCCUACUGACGUUAAAAAAAUAAUUGAUAAUUUAAUACCCAUAUCUUAGUUACACAUUCCCGUAUGCGGGGUGCGAGAGAUUUCCUUAACGCAUGUCAUUAUUCAUUCGUUUUACCGCCUGCGGGGAGACACCGCACGCCGUAUAUCGAUCGAGUUAUCGACCAAUGAAACUGAGCCUUUAUGGUAACUAGAUUCUCUUAAACACGUUAUAAUUGUGUACCUCAAAAUGCACGACAGCGCUGCCAUCUAGUUUAGCUGUCAAAACAGACUUACAAGAAAUCGCUGAACUUUGGGCGUCUUACUAUUUUAACUAUGACGUCUAUGCAAUUCAUAAUUUCACAUACUCAUUAUUUCCUCAAAAUAAACCGUAAUACUCAUUCAGCUACCAGUCAUAUGCAAACAAAAGCAUUUUUAGCUUUAAAAAGCAAUAGAUAACAUAUAAAAUGUAUACAACACAUACUUAAAUUAAGCCUUGAAUUAUUUCGAAAUUUAUAAAACUUUUGCCAGUUUCUGAGGCUCAUUUUCUAACGAAAAAAAAUCUAUCAAUCACAGUUAUUGUUAUUACUAUCAUUAGUUUGACAAAACUUUAGCGAAUUUAGUAUUUGAAGCGCAAGUCAAUUGUAAAAUUGAGUAUACUAUGUAAGCUAGUUAUAUUUAGACUUCUAUAACUUGUUCAAAGUUUUCUAUGUGUCCCAAAAAUCGCGUCCUCCUUUUCAAUAAAUGUUAUAUUGAUGUCUAUUGUGCGUAGACCUCUAGAAUGUUAAAAAAAAUUGCGCGGAUGCACGGACCGGGUUAACGAAAAAUAGUACGAACAACGCUAAAUGCCGCAGUCGCAUGCGACGGAUUUUACCCACAAAGUCAUCCGCGUGCGUUUGCUCGCUCUGUGCAAACGCGCCACCUAACGCCCUUAGAGUAAUUGUAUUAAUGUAAUACAAAUAAUCAGCAGCUUAUAGUCAAAAUGAUCGGUAACGACACAGUUACAAUUAUUGAUUUUGGUGCCGCCUGGCGGAUAUCAGACACUCUUAAUGAGUUCUCAACGAAAGUUUACAUUUUGGCUACUCUAGGCGACACGUGUUAUUAGUAGAUUAGAUUAGAUUAGAUGAUUUAUUUCAUGAAAGACAAUUACAUAAUAAAUUUGCAUUGAUGUCAAAAAUAUAAGAAUUUCUAUCAUGAUCGUCAAAAUAAAAUAAUAAAAAUGAAAAUAAUAACAAUACUAAUGAAAUAAAAUUAUAGCUCCAAUAAGGAUUGUCAAUACAAUUAGAAUAAAUAAGAGAAACAGUAAGUAGGUAAAUACUUACAAAAAUCCAAAAUAUAAAUGUACAAUGUCAAAACUUACGAAAAUACGAGAACAAUAAAAAUAAAAACGAUAAAUUAAUAAAAGAACACAAAUAAUAUCUCCCAAUAAGAAUCGUCAACACACAACAAUAUAAAAACAAUGAAAUAAUAUCUCCCAAUAAGGAUCAUCUGUAUGAUAAAGAAAACAAUGUCAAUAAAUAAAAACAAUAAGAAUAAAAACAAUUUCUGAAUCAAAAUGUCAAUUCCAUGAACUCAUUUACUGAGUACAGAGGGUUUUCCAACAAAAGGUUUCUCAAUUUACGUCUGAAUAUUUCGUCGCAUUGCUCGUUUCUUAUCUCGGCAGGUAGGUGCUCGAAAUAAGUAGGUCCGAUUAUUCGUGGGUUCCUUUUUGAAAGCACCAAGCGACGAGGAACUGUUCUGAGACGACCUGUGUUACGCAGUUGUUUUCCCGGACAAUCCACACGAGAAAAUUGAGCAAUAUUAUUUCUGACAAAUAUUAUUAGUUCAAAGAGAGAGUAAACUAGUCUUUAAGCCCAUUUUGAUCGCUUUGAUUUUAUGUGUUUCGUGAUGUAAAACAGAAUUGUAAUAAAUACUAACAAGGCACUUGCUUCCCAUGUGUCAACUACGUAUUUUGCUCAGAUUUUCACAAACCCAUCGCGCUUUUCAUAACUUAAUUAGAAUAGGGGUCAAUGCAGUUUUGUACAUUUUGUAAUAAAAAUACGUAAUUGAACUAAAUUUCUUGCUCCACACUUGAGUACGGUAGCGUUCGGUAGACACCAGAUGGUUAGCAAAGUAGUUUGAUAUACAGGCAGUAGUAGAAGUAUUUGAACGGGCAAGGUGUUCAAAGUUAGAUAAUUACCUAAAAAUGAUCUAAAGCGCGUGGUUGUAUUGUGCGCUUACCGCUGCGUUUAUCGCGUAAAACAAUGUAGUGUCAUUAGAUUAUCUGAUGUAAAAUGGGUGUGCGGGAAACGUCGUGUCGUGUUCCCUGUCGAUUUCAUACAAACAGUAUGAAAAAUUAAAAACCCCUUGAAAGUUUAUUUGACAUAUGGCUGAGACUCGGGGGGGUUAAAUCUGCAUCUAACGCUUUAACUAUAGAGGUGUGUUUAGGUAUUCGAGAUUACCUUGGCUGCUGCGAUUUAUCUGUAGGUUACUGUAAAUAUAGAGUCAUCUGCAGAGAUAAUUAACCCCCCUGCAUACAAACAGUCUAUGCAGAGGGGUUAACUAUAUCUGCAGCUGACUGUACAUACCAACUAACCCAGAUUUGGUACCCUCAUACGGACAGCCGGUAAUUUCAUUAAAAAUACAUGUUUCCUAGUUCCAUACCCAGACUUUUGUAGACUAAAACCAAUGCACCAAUUAUUUAGCGCAAUUUACGCGGUUGUCACACUGAUGCGGAUCCGCACGCCGCUCCGGUGUGAGCGAGACAGCGCUAUGCACAGAUAGAGCGAUGCCCGGCUCGCACACCAGAGCGGCGAGCGGAUCCGCAUUCAACGUGAAGACCACCUUAGACUAAAUAUUUAGCAUAAUAUAUGUAUAUGACGAAUGCUUCCUCUAUAAUAAUUGUUUCCGUCUAGUGCCACUUUAAAGCAAUAAUCAAGCAAACGAAUUUAUGCUAGCUUUUUUUUAAAGAUGGUUGGAAAUUUCUGUGAAGCAUGAGGACCCGAUUGAAUCAUUUCAUAUUAGCAAUAUAUUAUUAUGUUUAUCUACAAACAUGGUCGUAACAUGCGGUUCCUGAACAGAUCAUAGAGAGCUUAUAAUAUGUGUGUAGAUAAAACAGAGUAUGUAACCUAUACAUAAUUUGGCAUUAAAAUACUUAUGUGAUCCUAUUAUGAAAUACCCACACUCAUAUUUUAAAGCCUUUCAUUAUGUGCCCAUCAGGGGCCUAUUUCUCGAACGGUAUUAGACUAAUAUUAUUAGUCUACGAACUGGGGCCUAUUUCUCGAACGCGUAACCCAUACGACUUGACAGUUUAUGGACUAAUAAUCUAAUAAUACCGUUAGAGAAAUAGGCCCCUUUCAAGUAGUAUGGGUUACCAUGGCAACACAUAAAUAAUAUUAAACUAAUACCGUUCGAGAAAUCGGCUCCUGUCGUAGAUAAAUAAUAGCUUUUGUUUAUUUUAUUUAUUUAUUUUGUUUAUUUAUGAUUUUUAUUUUAUUUAUUUUAUAGCAUUCUUAAGAGUAUUAGAAUUAUCUUGUAAUAUUUCAAGUGUCACAGAAGUCUCCAACUAUAAAUAAACCUGAUUUAAUAUAUACUGUUGUUAAAAAUGUAUCAAUUCCAUAACCAUUAUUCUAAAUGUGUAUAAUGUUGAAAUUGUUUCUAUAUAACUAUGUAACUAAUGUACCUAUUAUAGCGAAUUGAGAUUGUAUUAUAAUAGUAGGAAUAUAGAUAGGUAGACAAACUGACGCGCUUGUGGAUAUUGUCGAUAAGUUGUCCAUGACUAUUUCAUAGACCAAAUAAUCUAAGUCGCGUGAUGGGCUCUACUAACGUCACCGAUAAUUGCAUACGAUUUGCAAUACGAGUAUAUUGCGGCAUGUUGCUCCUACGUAAUCGGCAAUUAUCUAAAGGGCUUAUUACAGUUUUCCUGCCGCCGGGUCUUACGAUCGUGGCCGAUUUCGGCACCGACGUCGCGCCCGAGCAAGAUCGUUUUCCGUUUCACGAAAUAUAAGAACAAUUUUAACUAUAUUUGACAUGAAAAAAAUACUGUGUCUUGAAUUGCCAAAAAUGUUUAAUGUUUGAUAUUUUUGCAAUUGAACUUUUUUAUGACAUCAAGAAAUGUUGGAAACUAUGUGCUAAAACUUCGUGUAACGGAUAUCGGGGCCGACGUCGGCACUGACGUCGCGGCCGAUCGUUCGCCGUCCGAAGGCAGGAUAACUGGGGGCCUACCGCGAAAUUCGCAAAUUGCGGGGAUCUUUCUCUUUUACUCUCACUAAGACGUAAUUAGAGUGACAGAGAAAAAUGCCCGCAAUUGACGAAUUUCGAUUUUCCCGGUAGCCGCCCUGUAAUAAGCCAUUUGUUGCAACGUCUUAGUGUGAAAUAUUUUAGGCAUAGUGAACAUAGUCGCUAGAAGGCAAAAGUAUCAACAUAUAACUAUUCUAGCUUUUUGAACUACCCACAUUUUUUUUUUUAUUAGGAUUUGCUCGCAUUUGACUUUCAAGUAAGGGAUAGAAAGUACAGACAUUGUUUAAGUAGGUGUUUAAUGUGAAUAGAAAGUUUAUAAAUACUUCUACGAAAUACUAUAGAAAUUAAAGACAGUUUCCAUUUUGUAAUAUUUCCCAUAGUUUUUAUCAUGUGGAAUAAAUAACGAUUUAAAAAAAUAUAUUACCUAAACCUAAAGAUAUCUAUGGAUGUGACAAGCAAAAGGAUCUUGUGGACAGAAAAUACCUACAGUAAUAAUUAAAACAAGACCACAAUUGCGCCAGUUUGGUUACUUGAAAACGUACCUAAUAGGUAAGUUAUUAUAGGCCGUAGAUUUGUAAUAGCUUUGUAUUAGCGGUUGACUCGCCGUGUAGACAGAUUAGUUGUCUACGGGCAUAUGAUGGACGCUGUUAUCGGCUUAACAAAGCAAAUGUCACUAUUUAACGACGCGCGUGUGAAAUAAUCAGGGCGGCUACCGGGAAAAUCGAAAUUCGUCAAUUGCGGGCAUUUUUCUCUGUCACUCUAAUUACGGCUUACUAAGAGUAAAAGAGAAAGAUCCCCGCAAUUUGCGAAUUUCGGUUUUCGCGGUAGGCCCCAGAGGGCCUACCGCGAACCACGUUUGACGUGUUGCCUCUCUGUCGCACUUGUAAAUUCGUAUUCGUAAGUAUGACGGAGAGGCAGCACGUCGAAGCGCGGUAGGCCCUCUGACUGUCAUUAUCACACUGCCGCGUAGACAACUACGACCAUCAUAGCUGAAUAGGCUUUAUAGCAUAUCUUCACCGCGCGAUAUAGGCUGAUAGCAAUGUCAUAUUUCAAGAUGAUUUUGUUUUAUUUCGGUUUAAUCACGGAAAAAAAAAUACGUACGUAUAUUGUGUGACCAACACUUUUUUUAUAGUUUUUCUGCCUUUUUAUUGACACCUAGCAGAAGAGAUAGCGUAACACAUUUAGUUUUUCUCCUCUUAAAAAUUGUCAACAAAUAUUAAUGAUAUUCACAAACUGAUUUCGGUUAUUUAUUUGUAUAACGCUUAACUUUAUAUUUUGAUAGAUUUCUUCUACGAGUAAAUUAUUAUUUUUGAACUUAAUGUUAAGUUGAAUUGUUUAUUGUAUACAAUAUUUAAUUUAUUCAUGUUGUAUUUCAGUUAGAUACAACACAAAUACAGAUUCGCCUGUGAUUUAUGUACAAUUGAUUUGUAAUGACAUUUUAUUAUUUAUUUUAAUUAUUUAUCAUGAUGAAAUAUAAAUAAAAGUUGCUUUGUCAAA